AUGAAGUGGACAGCGAUUCUCGUGGCGGCGGUGCUGACGGCCGCUCAAGCGCAGGCGAAGGACGACCUCCCGCCUGACGCGCAGCUGCGUAUUGGCGUCAAGCACCGCCCGACGGAGUGCACAGUGAAGAGCCGGCCGGGCGACAAGCUGUCCAUGCACUACACAGGCACACUGCGCAAGGACGGCUCCAAGUUUGACUCGAGUGUGGACCGCGACCAGCCGUUCGACUUUGAGCUCGGCGCUGGCCGCGUCAUUAAGGGAUGGGACCAAGGACUUGUGGACAUGUGCAUCGGUGAAAAGCGCCGUCUGACCAUUCCGUCGGAUCUGGCGUACGGUGACCGUGGGUCGCCCCCCAAGAUCCCCGCCAUGGCGACGCUGGUGUUCGACGUUGAGCUGCUGGACAUCACGCGCGAGUCCGAUGAGCUGUAG